ACACUAUAGCAGAUUUGUGUCAUUUGGACGUUUUAGUAGCAAAAUAUUUGUUGGCACCCCAUACCAAGUGGGACGUUUUUGCGUGUAGAUUAGUGAAAUCUUAAGAUUUUUUGUUUGUAGAUUUAUACAAUGCCAUUGUAUAAUCCUAAUGAUAGCGCCAGAUGUUAUUUUAUAUGAAAAGUAAAAUGGACAUAAUAAAUAAAAUAGGAACUAAAUGGAGAGAGGCGGCAAGUUUAAUUAUUUUGGUGAAGGAUCAAAGCAUAAAAGAUUUUGGUUGCGAUUUUCGAGUGUUAUUAUUUAAUCGUGCUGAAAAGUCAACAUUCUAUCCAAACUCUGCCGUUUUUCCCGGAGGUGUACAUGAAAUCGGCGAUGCUUCGCUGUUGUGGCUCAAUUAUAUAAAAAGCUUUGGCCAAAGUACAAACCGGGAUUUAUUUCAGUGUAACUCACCACGACCUGCUAUAUUUACUAAUAAAAUGAAUGGUCAAAUCCAAAGAGAAUUUUCAUUGCGUAUAACAGCUAUACGAGAAACAUUUGAGGAGACAGGAAUACUUCUAUGUAAAAAACGGCUUUCUGGUGUAAAAGAAUUAUCCCAUAAUUAUAGCCACAGUUUUGAAGACUUUGACCGACUAUAUUGGCAGAAUCUGGUACAUAAGGACCAUACCCAAUUUUUUACGCUCUGCAAGACCUUAGAAGUGAUCCCCGAUUUAUAUUCUUUGUUCGAAUGGACAGCAUGGCUUACGCCAACAACAUUUAAAAAAAGAUUUCAAACGUGUUUUUACUUAGUGGCGAUGCAGAAUAUACCAGAUGUGAUCCUGGAAAGAAAUGAAGCUGCAAGUUUUUCGUGGAAAACACCAAAAGAAUUCAUUGAGGAUUACUUUGACCAAAAGCUGUAUCUUCCUCCACCGCAGUUAUAUGAAUUAUCAAGACUACUUAAUUUCGCAUGUUUAGAUGAAUUAGUAAAUUUUGCGCGUGUUCGUUCUACGAAAGGAAUUACCCUAAUGCUUCCUGUCAUUCAGAAAUGUGCUGAUGGUACCGUGAGCUUAAUGCCAGGCGAUGACCUAUAUAGCAUUAAUACAGAUGAAACCAACCAAAAAAAUACUGAAACAAUAACAAUUGACCAAUAUCGGAAGAGAGUAAAGAAUUUGCAUCGUAUAGAAUAUUUCAAUAAUGGACGUGUUUUUAUACAACAUAAUUGUUCACUGAAUGAUGGACAUCUGCCACCAGUAAAAAGUAAUAUUUAAUUGUUAGUGAUAAAUAUGGUUGCAGUUAAAGUUAGUCAACUUGAACAAUUAAUUCAAAUUAGGCGUGUUCUAUUUGACCAGCACGUUAAGCUAUUGGCUUACUUUGUAUGGACGACGUAGCCAACAUUUUUAAAUUGGGUUGUCAAAACCUAUCUUAAUUUGUAUAUUGAACUAGAAUCAUUCCUCGUUUUUUUUUUAUUCACAUUAGUAAAAAUUUUGCAGAAAACCUUAGUUUGACAGAUGAAAAUGUAAACAAACCAAAAUUUUAGAUUUCCGUGGAUGGGUAUUAAGUUAAAAUUAAGAUAAAAUAGGAACAUUGUUUUCAGUUUUUUUUUCUAUACCUCAAAUGAACUUAAUAAAUAUUUUUGCUUAGUAUAUUAAUAUUCUGUUUGCAAAUUUAAAAAUUCAAACUAAUCUCUUCUCCAUGUCACACAUUUUGAAAUAAACUGCUGACUGCUCACGCCCGGAUUGCCAACACAAUUCAGAAAUAUGGAAAAUAAUAUUUGUCAACGAUUUAGCUAAUAGCUUCUGACGGUCAAAUAAAGCACGGCUAUUGUUUUUGUUUU